AAGGUCGUCGAGCUAUCGAAUCAUCACCACUACUGUCUCGGUUCUCGUUGUAUACAAGAUGUACUCUGCCGGUGGAUCUUCAAACUCUGCCAACUCGCCCUUUCAACCGUCACCAUGGGCAUCGACACCCACGCAUGCCGCGCAACCAGGUUGGAAUGAUUACAGCAGUAACGACAAUCAGUCUCGUGACAGCUAUCAACAGCAGCCGUUCGGUCAAGAACCUCAGCAGCCAGGUCUCUCUAAGAACCCUGCUGUAGCAGCUUACGAUCCGUACGGACAAGACGCUGCGAGAGGAUACCCCUCUCCCGUCCGUGGCCAGGCAGCUCAGCCUUAUGAUCAGACGCCUCGGGGAUACGCACAGCCCAAUCCCUACGAACAGCGAUCUCCGCAGCCACAACAGCAACAGUCCCAACAACAACCUCCUCAACAGCGUUAUCAACAGCAGCAGCCUUCUCCUGCACAAGCGCAACGACCAAAUCCUGCUCAGAGGCAAUCGUCUCACCUCGUGCAACAGCAACAAGUAGCUCGUGGAGAGUACUAUGUGCCCGGACCUGGCUCCCCUCCCAUCGAGGUCCACCAUUCGCCGUUCGCUCGAACAUUCUCGGACUUUGGAAAGGCUUACACCAAACCUCAAACUUUCGACGAGAUGUACGCUCCGCCUGAAUCGUUCCUGGAGAUCGAGGUCAGGAACCCGCAAACGCAUGGAGUCGGAAGGAAGAUGUAUACCGAUUACGAGAUCAUGACGAGGACCAAUAUACCCGCAUUCAAGCUGGAGGUCUCCGUGGUCAGGCGUCGCUAUAGCGAUUUCGAAGCAUUCAGGGACAUUCUAGAACGGGAAAGCACGAGGGUCAACAUCCCGACUCUCCCGGGCAAGGUCUUUACGAACCGAUUCUCCGAGGACCUGAUUGAUAAGCGACAAGCUGCGUUGCAGCGGUUCCUGGAGAUCGUUGCGGGACACCCUCUGCUGCAGACUGGAUCGAAAGUGCUCUGCGCGUUCCUGCAAGAUCCUCAGUGGGAAAAGUCUCGGUGGGCGUGAGGGAAACAUUGGACUUGGGCUCUCGAAGAAGUGUAUGUACUGGACUCGUCGCGACGAUUGGAUCAGAGUGAACGUCAAUUAGAAAUGAACGUUGUAAUAUGGAGUGCACAUCUCGUGAGAUCUUAUCUUGUUCCUAACAGUCCAGAGCAAUUACGCUUCCGGGGUUUCAGGGGAGACCAGAGCGCCUGAGCUCAAUAGAUGCAUUCCC